AUGUCUAAUGACACAGAAGAUGAUUUAUCCGAUUUCAGAAUACCACCAAUAUUUGAUGACUUGAACGAACGACUAAAAGAAUAUCUCCUGAAACCAGAGCGGCUCUCUAUACAUAAGUGGGAAAAGUCUCAAAGUCACUGGCAUCGGAAUUCAGAUGUAGAUUCUCUGUUUAAAAUAGAUGAUGAUGAUUUUGGACUGGAUACUACGCUGGAGGUUGUACGGGAUCCAAUAUCAGGUGAAAUUGUGGGAUUAGAAGAAGUUAGUAUACCUAUUGAGGAAGAUGAAGAAUGUAUGUCUAUGUCCAGAGCACCUUUGCCUCCUAGUCUUGCAACUCGUGGUACAACCACAAGAAGUCCAUUUAUGCCAGCUGGCUUUGAAGAGGAACUAGAUAAAAUACUCAAUAAUGCAGCAAAUUUAAAAGAAAUCAAUAUUGACUUGGAUAAUGAUGAGCCUGGAAAAUUCUUGGGAGAAGAUAUCCUUACUAUACCCCCUGGAUGCAAAGAAGGUGUCAUUUUCGCCAAUGAUGGUGUAUCAGUACUUAACGAUGAGACCAAAGAUGAAAGUGUUGAAGAUGAAAAUUUGGAUAAAAUACAAAAUCAAGUUAAAAUUAAUUUAGAAGAGGUUGUAGACAAUAACACACAUUUGGCGGGUCUAUGGAAUGAUGACGAUGAUGAUCAACAAGCAAAAUCUUCCAAACUCCAACAAAAAAUCGAGCCAGCUGCCAAUGAGGCAGAUGAUGACAACUUCCUUGAGAGUACUGUGAUACGCCCACCUGUAGAACUUCCAGAAAUACCUAUCCUCAAUAUAACUUCAUCAUCAGCAAGAACUGGAGUGACAUCUACAGAAUGGGCGGAGAUGAUAGAUGUUUCAUUGCCUGUCCCUGAAUUCAAAGAGAAAAUUAAAGAUAUGGCACACACAUAUCCAUUUGAACUUGAUAAUUUCCAGAAGCAGGCUAUACUGAAAUUGGAAGAAGGUCACCAUGUUUUUGUCGCCGCUCAUACAUCUGCUGGUAAAACAGUUGUUGCUGAAUAUGCAAUUGCAAUGUCGAGAAGAAAUUGUACCAGGGCUAUAUAUACAUCACCAAUCAAGGCGUUAUCGAAUCAGAAGUAUAACGACUUCAAUAAACAGUUUGGUGAAGUGGGUCUACUGACUGGUGAUCUUCAGAUAAACGCCACCGCCCUUUGUCUGGUCAUGACUACAGAAAUUCUGCGGUCGAUGCUCUAUUGUGGAUCAGAUGUCACAAGAGACUUGGAGUUCGUUAUUUUCGAUGAAGUCCAUUACAUUAACAAUGCUGAGCGUGGUUAUGUUUGGGAGGAAGUGUUGAUAUUACUGCCAGCUCACGUGAGCAUAGUCAUGUUGAGUGCAACUGUACCGAAUACGCUGCAAUUCGCCGAUUGGGUAGGACGGACGAAGAAGCGAAAAGUAUAUGUAGUUUCCACACCAAAAAGGCCUGUUCCUCUUUGCCACUAUCUGUACACAGGUUCCGGUGGAAAAUCUAAAAACGAGAGGUUCUUAGUUAUUGAUCAAGAAGGAAACUUCCAGCUAAGAGGCUAUAACGAAGCAGUCGCUGCUAAAAAAGCUAGGGAAAAUGACUAUAAAAAGAACUUUGGACCUAAAGCUGGUGGUAAGCAAUUCCAGAAUCCAAAAGCAGAACAAACUAUGUGGGUGGCUUUCAUAGACCAUUUAAAACAGAAGGAUAAGUUACCUGUGGUUGCAUUCACACUAUCACGGAACAGAUGUGACCAAAAUGCCGAGAAUUUAAUGUCCGUAGAUUUAACAACAGCUAAGGAGAAAAGUCAUAUACGAUCCUUCUUUCAAAGGUGUCUUCAAAGAUUGAAGGAACCCGACAGACAUUUGCCCCAAGUGAUACGACUCCAAAGGGUCUUAGAAAACGGUAUCGGUGUUCACCAUAGCGGUAUACUGCCGUUGCUCAAAGAAAUUGUCGAAAUGCUGUUUCAAACUGGUUAUGUAAAGAUAUUAUUUGCGACGGAAACUUUUGCAAUGGGCGUGAACAUGCCUGCCCGAACUGUCGUCUUUGGUGAAAUCACGAAGUUUGACGGCCAAGAGAGACGGACCUUGGCACCCGCCGAGUACAUUCAGAUGGCAGGCAGAGCUGGCAGAAGAGGACUGGACGAUACGGGAACAGUGAUCAUUUUAUGUAAGGACGAAGUGCCGAAUUUGGUCACCUUAAAGGGAAUGAUGAUGGGCAUCCCACAGAAGCUCUCGUCGCAGUUCAGACUCACUUACGCCAUGAUAUUGAGUUUGCUGCGUGCGGCCACAGUCUCAGUCGAAGGAAUGAUGCAGCGUUCCUUCCGAGAGUUCAAUCAAAUCGUCCAGGCGGACAAUUAUAGGAAACAAUUGCAAUUGGCCGAGAAAGAAUACUCUGAGAAAUGUAGUAGUCCUUUAGCGUCGCACUUGACGCCUCUAGCCACCUUCUACGAUACGGCGGCAGCUUAUGUCGACGUAUUAAAUGAGAUCAUGCCGAUAUUGCUGAGUCAAGCGAAGUUGGCCAAAGAAAUGGUCCCAGGGAAAGUAUUGGUCGUUUCGGCGGGCCCGUAUAUCAAUCAGCUCGGAAUAUAUUUGAGUGGGAACGGACCUCGUCAAACCCCGUACAAAGUUUUGGUACUGAAUACGGCUGAACAAGACCCGACCAGAUACAACUUCGAAGUCGAUGAGAACUGGUACAGAAUGCUUGGUUUCUCCACUAUGUAUGAUUUCGUAGGAACUGAAGAAAGCACAUUAGAUCACACAAUACUAUGCAUAGCGGCAAAAAACAUUGUAGCAGUCACUAAACUGAAUCUCAAAAUUGACGCUAAUAUCAUCAUUCAAGACUGGGAGAAACGGCAGAUGCCAAGGUUUAAAGACGCCCCCGUUGGCUCGAACUGUAUGAACGCCACUCAGGAGCUGUCCAGACUAUCGCACGCGGUCCGAACGGGCGCGACUAGUUUGGAACAUGUGAGUCUCACGCAAUCGCUGGCAAUCUCCACCGGAGAGAUACUGCAGUCGCUGGAUAACUUGAAUCGACAUAAGAGUGAACUAGAAGCCCAAAAGAAAUGUACGGAUAUCGCCAACUUCAAGUCGGAGUUCGCGAUAGUGUACGAAAGGAAACAGACUGAGAGGAAACGAGACAAAUACAAGAGACUCCUAUCUUUUGAGAAUUUAGCUCUGUACCCAGACUACCAGCGAAGAUUACUAGUGCUGAGGGAACUGAAUUACAUUGAUGAACAUGACAGUGUUAUAUUGAAAGGUCGCGUAGCAUGCGGUAUGGGAACGAACGAGUUAAUAAUAUCGGAACUUGUGUUCCGUAACGUGUUUACGGACAAAAGCCCCGCUGAAAUCGCUGCGUUAUUGAGUUGCUUUGUUUUUCAAGCGCGCACUCAAAUAGACCCGCAGUUUACUGACAAACUAGCUGAAGGCGUGAAGGCGAUAGAGCAAAUCGACGACGAACUGACGAAGAUAGAGGCCAAAUACAUGGUAAACCAAUUUGAAGGUCAACCUGAGAGACUGAAUUUCGGCCUCGUGAGAGUAGUAUACGAAUGGGCUUUGGAGAAGCCCUUUGCAGAGAUCAUGGACCUUACAGAUGUCCAAGAGGGCAUCAUCGUGCGGUGUAUACAACAGUUGCAUGAGCUCCUCAUCGACGUGAAAGACGCGGCGGUGGCGGUAGGCGAUCCGAAGUUACAGGCGAAGAUGAUGGAAGCCUCCACGGCCAUCAAGAGGGACAUUGUGUUUGCGGCCAGUUUGUACACCACGCAGAAGGAAUCGCUCACCGUUUGAAAUUCAAAAUCCUUAGUUUUCAUGGAAAGUACUUACAAGCUAAGAUGAUGGAACCCUCCACAAGCAACAUGCAGGCCGGCAAGGUGAGGAUGGCUGGUGUGGCAGGUAGAACUGCUGUACCAGCUAUCUUCACGUCUGGACUUCACCAUCACUUAACAUCAGGGGGGUGGAGUCAUUUGUCGGACCUAUCUAUAAAAAAAAGAGGGACAUCGUGUUCGCGGCCAGUUUGUACACCACGCAGAAUCGCUCACCGUUUGACAUUAAACACUCGUAUGUUUGAUAGGAACUCGUAAAUAAAUUGGUGGACCCAAUUGUCUAACUUAUACUCAUAGAUAUAGAGAUUGCACAGAGCGACAAUCCCAUGGAUUUGGAAACCCUCUAUAGAAAAAGAGUAGGAGAUCCAAAGCUACAAGCGAUGAUGAUAAAGCCUCCACGGCCAUCAAGAGGG